CCGCAUGAAAAUAAAAACCAUCCAUUAAACCCCUCCAGCUUCCCCUCUCCUUUUGGGAAUGCAAUGGCCAAUGGGGUGGAUUUAGCACGAAUCCCAGAUUUUUCAGGCCAAAGCGGCGAAGGAGAGCAGGCACUCAAGUCCUCGGACUGCUGCUAUUUUUAAGCCGUGCGAAAUACCAAAGACUGCAUCUAAGAUGAAGAUUUCCUGACGCGAGCUAACAACACGCGUGUCCAUUGUCUAUUUAUUCUCUCCCCAUGUCUCUCUUUUCGACUAGAAAGGAUCGGGCUGGAGCAGCCUGGGAUUCAAAGCUAUGAUUUCGUGAACGUCCACUACUUUCCUUUAAAAACAAAAACUGACAACAAAGCCGAACUCAGGAAGGACGGCGCACAACUUUUGGAGGGGUUCCUGCUGUUUCCAAUGCGCCCCUGAAAGUGUGGGGAAGGGGACAGGAAAACAGAAGCCGCAAGGAUGAACAGCAAGGAGGGAGAGCCCAGCAACUCUGACUGCAGCAUGAAGAAGAUGCUGAAGUGUGUCGUGGUUGGUGAUGGAGCUGUUGGCAAGACGUGUUUGCUGAUGAGCUAUGCCAAUGAUGCUUUCCCGGAAGAAUACGUGCCUACGGUAUUUGACCACUAUGCAGUAACUGUGACAGUCGGAGGCAGGCAGCAUUUGCUCGGACUUUACGACACCGCUGGGCAGGAGGACUACAAUCAGCUAAGACCCCUGUCCUACCCCAACACUGAUGUGUUUUUGAUCUGUUUCUCGGUGGUAAAUCCUGCCUCAUACCACAAUGUCCAGGAGGAAUGGGUGCCAGAACUGAAAGUCUGCAUGCCGCAUGUGCCUUAUGUUCUGAUAGGAACCCAGAUUGACCUUCGAGACGAUCCCAAAACCUUGGCUCGGCUGCUUUAUAUGAAGGAGAAGCCCCUGACCUAUGAACAUGGCAUCAAACUGGCUAAAGAGAUCGGAGCACAAUGCUACCUGGAGUGCUCUGCCUUGACUCAGAAAGGCCUGAAAGCCGUCUUUGAUGAAGCAAUACUCACCAUAUUCAACCCCAAGAAAAAAAAGAAACCGUGUGUUGAAUGCUGCAGCUGCUGUCGCAUUGUAUGACAGUCCCCAGAAUCAAAGCAGGACUGUGCUGGUGUUUGGCCAAAGCAUAUCUUCCACCUUCCAAUGCACACCUGCACAGACAAAUGAAGGACACAGCCAGAAAGGAGGCAUCUCCAAAACGAGAUCCUCUCAUUCCGCAACUCCUCCUAAACUACAACCUCGCAGCCUUCUCAUAUCUGAUCCCUUCCUUCUAACCCCUACAGAGCAGUAGAUACAAGCAGGCAGGUCUAUACUGUGAUUGCUUUCCCCUGAGCAAGCCAGCUAAUAAAGGAAAGCAGCUAAGAGAACUCUUCCUGCGGUCAUGAUCUGUGAUGGGCUGGAAAGAAAAGAAAACAUAACCAAAGAUCCUGCAAUAGCGAAUAGUUAGAUCUGUUAUUUGUGGCCUUCUGCAAGAAAUGAAUGGAUUUGUUCCAGUAUGAAUAUGCAACCAUGACUGAGCCUCAAAACAGCUAAAUCAAACAGACAAAUGACUCUUUUGGAGUUGACUAUGUUAAGAUGUAGAUGCAGCAUAAGAGAUCCUGCUGGAAUUCUAUGAAUGUUCCUUGUUUUCCUGGGGCAGGGAGCAGGGAGGGAAAUGGUGUGGAAUCAAACUCACACUUCCUGUACUUUGUCUUUCUUUUUAUAUAUCAAGCAUUAUCCAACAAAGAGAGCCAUCUUUGGGCAUCUGGGAACGCUUUUCUUACUAAAGCUAAAUAACCGACAACCGAAAUUUUUAUUAGUGAAACUUGCUUGGAAUUGGCUACAGCCAGGAUUCAGAGGGAGCCGCAUGUAUUUUUUCUGUCUGCAAAUCCAGUUUAGUCUUCCCCAUCCACCAUGGUGUUUGUUCCUAUUGUUGUUUUGCAAAGAUAUGGUCUUCGGAAAAUUCCAAAUGGCUCUUUGAACAACCCAAAGUUCGAAAGGCAGCUUGGAGACAGGACAUAAAAAAUGUUCAAAAGGGGAAUCAGGGAAAAAUGAGUUCACACUGCACUGGAGAGAAGGAAGGAAUUCUUCUUCUCUGAUUGGCCACUGUGAGGACAGGAUGAUGGACUGGACAGGCCCUUGGCCUGAUCCAGCAGGCUCUUCUGAUGUUCUUAUGAGGUGUUUAGAGGUGAGGUUGGACUGCUCUACAGUGUCCUGCCAUCCACCCAGCCCAGCCACACGUAACCUGCUAUGUGACAAAGCAUCCAAUGGGAGACAACUUGUAGUUGGGUUUUUUUUUUCAUUCCAGUUCCCACCCACCUACAAUGCAACAAAAAUCACCUAUGACAACCCAGUGUCUUCAUAUUGUUGCAGAUGCCUUAUUUACAAAUGUUUUCUACAGAUCAUUUAAAAGUCAUUUGAAAGAACAGCCUUUUGAAGUGUGUAGCAUUUCUUUUCCUAUAACUAUAGGGCAGGCACGGGGCAGAAAUUCAAUUCAGUUCACAUUUAAAGCCAAAUCUAUCCAAUUCACACUUUCCAACCAAAACACUAUGAGAAUGAAAAGACAGCCCUCCUUUGAAAUUCACAGUUAUCCAAAUGUUGCAGUGCCAUUCUCCAA